UUGAGUGAAGGGUUGCGUGACAAUAACCUAGCUUUUAUAAUUUAGGUCCCCCCAAAAAUCGAAGUGUUGUGCGUUAUACUUCAAAAACCUAAAUUUUGUGUUUUAGACUUCUGAAAAGAAAAUCCGAAUUUCGUGCUUUCGACUCCAAAAAUCUAAAUUUUGUGUCAGACUCCAUCAAAUCUUAAUGUUGUGCUUUAGACUCAAAAACCUGAUCUUUGUGCGAGACUCCAGAAAAAUCUUAAUUUUGUGCUUUAGAUUAAUUUAAAAGAUUGUGCCUAAGUCUCUAGAAAAAUCUUAACUUUGUGCUUUAGAUUAGAAAAAUAUAUAUUGUGCUUCAGACUCCAGAAAACCUAAAUUCUGUGCUUUAGACCCCAUGAAACCUUAAUUUUGUGCCUUAGACUAAAAAUCAUUCUAAAUAUUUUGUUUUAUACUCCAUACAAACCAUGAUAUUGUGCUUUAGACUCCAAUUAUUCGAAAUUUUGUGCUGUAGACUCCAAAAAAAAAAAGUUGAUAAAAAACAAUGUUGUGUUUCAGCCUCCCAAACAACCAAAAUUUUGUACUUGAGACUAAAGAAAGCCUAAAGUUUGUGCGUAAAAAAUAGUGGCAUAGGCAAUGACGCGAAUAGAUACUGUUAACGUUUCAAGACUCCAAACUUCAAACAAGAAAGAAUUAUUGUUGUCAUUGAAGGGAAGAAUCACCAUGUCGGAUAUGAUAUAGCUACGGCUGGAGAAUCUUACGUCAUCGGCCUACAGAUGAAUCUAUACCAGCCGAGGACUCUCAAUUCCUACGCCAGGUAUUACUUCAGCAAAGACAACUCUACCCAAAGGCAAACGAAGGAAAUGACCUUGACGUCCCUCUGUUAUAGGUUUUGGAUCCUACAGUACAGGGAUGUCAGUCCUUUCUUCUCCUACGCUUAUUCAGACAGGGCGGACAACGCUUUGCUGGCGUUUCAGAAAGUCGAUACUCUGGACUUUUACUUUAACGACGAGAAGGAGUAUUCACAGUUGGUUCUGGACGACACGAUUGAAGUGUGGCAUCAUCACUGCCUGGUCUUUACUUACCCAACUUACAAGAUCUACGUAGAUGGCGUGCUGGCCACAGAAGGGCGGCUGGGUGCUGACUCCGCGGUGAUUCCCCUGAACGGGACGAUUUACCUGGGUCAUGACCAGGACAGCUACGACGGGGGCAGAGAUACAGAGCAGACUCUCUCCGGGUACCUCUCGCAGGUGAAUAUGUGGGACUAUCCCUUGGAGAAUGAAGACAUCAAGAAUAUGGCCGAAUGUCGUAUCAACCUGAGAGGAAACAUCAUAUCGACUGACACAACACCUUUUGAAUUCUCGUUAGCAGAAAUCAACACUACUGAAAUCACCCGCUUUUGCCAAAAGAGUGAAAAAGCAGUCUUUAUCCCAGAGCAGAUGUACCUAGACCACGCCAUAAAAUUUUGUAGUUUAUUACACGCUUCAUUGUAUAUUCCGGAGAAUGCAGAAGAAAAUGCUCAGCUGACGAUUCAAGCAAAGAAAUUCAACGAUAUAUGUGUGGGUAACAGCUACAGACUUAUGUAUUUAGGGGCCACAGAUAAGGUUAAAGAGGGACAGUGGUUAAAGGUAGCCGAUGGCAAACCGAUCGAGUACUCCAACUGGUUUGUUGGAGAACCCAAUGGUGACACCAAAGACAACUGCUUGGUACUUCGCAGGAACGAUGACCACUGGGCAGACAUCGUCUGCGAUUAUGAGCUUUGUUUCUCCUGUGGCACAACAAACAAAGAUUUCCUACAGUUGCGCGGGCUCUGUGAGGAAAAAGAACACCAGACAAGAUUCUGCUAGAAGGCCACAUUAACUCAAAGCCAUACUUCAGGGGAUACUACAAUCUACUGAUCUAUCACUCAGGUCAAAAAGACUGGUUUCUCAGGAAUGCCAACACUAACACCACGUUGGCCCACUUACCCCUCGCCAGAGCCUCUGAAUAUCCAGUUGGGCGCCAUACUUGGGAAGUUCGGAGCCCGUUUUGCAACAAUGAAGUCGGGAUGUCCGUAGUUUUGGGCUUGUCCAUCUGUACAACGCAGGAGUUCAUGUGCACGGACGGCUCGUGCGUUCACCGGUCCGUGCGCUGCAAUCUCCUAGACGAUUGCUUAGACCGAAGCGACGAGGAGAACUGCACCCUUGUCGUGUUAAGCGAGGGCUACCAAAACUACAAGCCGCCCCCUGGCGCGGCCUUCGGAAUCCCGCUCAAGAUAUCGCCUGAAGUCAACCUGGUGCGGUUCUCCCAGAUCGACGACAUCAACCUGGCCUUUUCCAUGGAGAUCGAGGUCGCCCUCGUAUGGAUGGACCGGAACCUCUAUUUCAACAACCUCAAGUCGGAGGAGGGGAAGAACCAACUCAGCGAGAAGGAGGUGGAAGCGGUGUGGUCGCCGGAGAUCGAGUUUCUCAACAUCAACGACGGGCGGCUGCAGCUUCUCAAGACUGGCGUCUACGCGAGGCAGGUGGCGGAGCCUGAACCUCCCGUCUUUACGGAUGUUAAAAUGGACACCAUCUACCAACCGAAGAGCAGCAGGCUGGUGAAGCGUCAGCAGUACUACGCCAGUUUCAACUGUCAGUUUGAACUGUUCAGUUACCCUUUCGACACUCAGACUUGUCAGAUCAUCAUCAAACUGGCUUCAGCUGACAGGAAGGUUAUCGAUCUGGAGAACGCUACUGUGACCUACAGCGGCAUGAAGUACCUUCUCAAGUACGAGGUGAAGAACAUCAACAUCCUUUUGCAACCCAGCGGCGGUUAUGCUAUCAUGGAGGUAACAUUUGACCUGGAACGCAGAUACAGUCUUCUGGUGCUGACAGUAUUUCUGCCAACGUUUCUGCUAAUGGGUAUCAGCUAUGGCACGCUGUUCAUCAAGCCUAAGGAUUUUGACACGCGAUCGAUGAUGGCGCUGACGACGCUGCUCGUGAUGUACACGAUGUUCGACCAGGUGUCCAGCAACCUCCCAGACACGGCCUACAUCAAGAUGGUGGAUCUCUGGUUUUUCUUCUGCAUAUUUACCAUCUUCAGCGUCAACAUUAUCCACAUCUGGGUGGAAUUUCUCCCUCCUGGAGACGAUGACGACCUUUUCUCGAGAAGGGACCGGGUGUCACCCAUCACCAAUGGGCUCAAGAAGGAAUCUCCCAUGAUCUCCACGGCGGGCUGGACUGCAGAGAAAGUGCUCUCAUGGUCUCGAAAGAUUGUUUAUCCUACCAUCAUCCUCGUCUUCGCUUUCAUCUUCUGGAUCGUCAUCUUCACUGCUGAGGCCAUCUUGGUGUGAAUUUAACUGGGGGAAACUAAACGGUUACACAUCCAAGGGCCAGGAUACUGGUAUCUCACAGAGAAUAAACUAAACAAACCAGCGUUAACACUAGUCGUAUGUCAGGCUUAUUCAUACCUGAAAUUAUAAUAAAAGCCUUAAAAAGGACAGGCGUUGAAACUGUUCCACUGGAAUUUUUAGUAGCAAUUUGAAGUGCAAAUCGAAAAUUAUACAUCUACAGCAAAAACUGCCAAGGGUAGUCCUACGAAGCAAGGUCUUGAGACUGACGCUAUGUAGGCCUACGUAUCCCGUAUCAUAAAAAAAAUACUGACAAAUUACUGUUACAGCACCAGACAGAAAGUUGACUGGAGAGGGGAGAAUGUUAUAUGCAUUAAGGAACAAAAUGAAGCGAUAUGUGUAAAACAUACAGCAUCUAUAAUAUACGCAUGACGGCCACAAUGUAGGUUCAGAUGGUUUACUUAAAAAUAAAAAAAAUAAAUAAAUGUCCAUUUCACGGCUGUUUACUUGAUUUUCGUCCAUAACACCAUACCAAAGCAUCGGAUAUCGAUCGUAUUUUGGGAAUAGCUAUUUAAAGCCACAGCCUAAUUGGCAAAAAAUAUGCAGUAAUGUUUAAUGUUGAUAAUUAAGUAACCCAACAGAGUAAAAGUUAAGAAAUUUAAAGGGGGACUUAGCUAAAUCUAUCAGAGUCGUUGAUAGAGGCUAGUAAAACGUCAUUACUGAAGGCCCUCCCAUGCACUCGUUGAUACUGUAAUAUGACUUACUUUACUAGACACCCCGCCCAUAUACUCUAUGAAUGAAGACUCGAAUGUUGGUAGUAGUAGUGAUAGUCGGCGGUGUUUACAUUAUGCAAGGUUACCAGGUGUCCGGCCAGAGCACCUCUAAAUGAUCGCAUAUUAGACCAUUUCCAAAGGUUUUGAAUAACUGAUAGUGAAAAGGCGAAUAGAAAUUUCGUUAUAAUUGUUAUGUAGUAUUCCUAUAGCCAACGCAAAUUUGUACAAUUAAAAUAUUAAUACUACCAUAUGUACAUUUACCAAAUUCCUUUCUUUUAAUAUUGUCAUAUGUAUAUACCAAAUCCUUAUUCAUUGCUCGUGGUAUCACCAGUGGAAUCCGUAAUAUUAUCGUCAUGCUCAACCAUGAUUCGCCUAGCUUUUCCUUUAAUACUGGAAUUUGAUGCACUCAUGCUUCUGUUUUAUUAAUGACCUCGGUGCUAUGAGCGGAAUACAGUUACUGUUUUCAAUGAUAAUGACACAUUCUAACAAGCGUUGUAUGGCAUUUUCUUUGGUAUGUUUUAAUUGAAAUCUGUAUCUCUAUCUUUCGUUUCAACUGCUAUGGUCGCUUUUUUAGGUGACGAGCGCUAAGAAGCAGAGAAGCAGUAGUUUCAACUCGGUAAAGUUUAAACAAAAUCCUGAACAAUGUCUACAUUUAUUUACUUUGUACAGAUAAAGAUGUUUAGAUUAUCAUCCAUUCAUGGUAUGUUAUAUUAUAAUUUCAAUAAUUAUCGCAUAUCCUACUUUGAGUUUCUACGGUCAUUAUCAUAGUAUACUUAGAACCCUGCUAUUAGAUCUGAUGUCAUACUUUACUUUACGUCAGAACUAGCCUCUCUCCUUUUUUUACUCUGCCUUAACUAUCCACAUUAGCCAUUAAUGCAUAUUUUUCACAAUUAGGCUGUGGGUUGAAAUAGCUAUUUCCAAAACACGAUUAAUAUCAGACGCUUUGUAAAGAUUAUAUCGACGAAAAUCUAUUAAACACGACCAUGAAAUAUAGGUGCAACAACUACAAUAUACGUCACCAAUACUCCUUGGUAAGUUGUUCCUAACGUAGAAUUGGUAAACGAGAACAGAAACGGCUCGCAAAAACUGUAAAGAGAACCCAAAUGACGUAGUUUUUUUUUUUAAAGAAGUAAUGAUAAAUGAUUAAAAGAAAACUUUUAACAUGCUUUAAGCAAGACCACCGAGAUAGAAGGCCUGUUCGAUGUUUUGUGACGUAAGCAAGGGUGGUCCGAGCUCCUAGCACCGACUACGCUGCCAGACGAAAGAAAUAUAAACAAACCCUCGCCAAAGUCUAUGAUUUUUGGUCUGCCAGUUAUUAAUUUACUUAUUUUCUCGUCUACACUAAUUAGUGUACACCAAAUAAUACUUACUCGAAACACAAGUUACAAAGAUUAAUAUAAAAUGCUGAACCAAAACAAUUUGUUUAGUUACAAUACAGUCUACCAAAGAAUAAACAGCAGUGCAUAGGUUUAAAUCACAAAAAAACUUGGUUCUUUCUACUAUAUGUGAAUGAAAUAAUUCUGUCUUACAUACAGUCAUUAUUUUGGUAUUUACAUAUUCUAAUUUCUCUUUGGCUACAAUAGUUAUUUUCUUGAACAACAAUUACUCAAUGAAACGUUAGUAGAAACCCUUAUUGUUAAUUUCUCUGUUUUUCUGUACUAUAACCUUCAUUACUUAUUUGGGCAGCUUAUCUAUUAUUUACCUUUUGACAUUUAAAAGUUUAAAUUCAUGAUUGUCGACCACAUGUAAAAAUUUUGACAUUUGCAUCCUGAAUAAAAGGGAGUGAUUUUUUCCAAUAGUUAGUAAAGCUUGAACGAUAUAUUCAUUGGAUAUUUGUAGAACUAAAUGAACAUUUUGUUUCUCAAAGGU